AUGUUGGUACCACGCCAAAUUCGGAAAGAAAGCAAGAAAAUGCGAGAGUCAUUGUUCGUUCAGAGAGAAAAACUCCAACGGCAAGGAGUGAUGGCGACCAAUCCUUGCUCUUCAUCAAGCCGUCGCCUCUUCAUAAGUGAUCGCAGAACUAAGGUACAGUUUUUGGUCGACACAGGUGCAGACAUUUGCGUGUAUCCAAGGCGCUUAACUGCUAAACUUAAUCCACAACUAAACUAUACUUUGUCUGCAGCCAAUGGAACCAACAUACGCACGUACGGGGAUAUUAUUUUACAAUUAGAUUUUGGACUAAGAAGAAAUUUUACUUGGAGAUUCAUCGUAGCAGACGUAACAAUGCCUAUACUUGGAGUAGACUUUUUGGCGUACUACAAUAUCAUUAUCGAUAUAAAGAAUUCUCGUCUACAUGACAACCUGACAUCACUGUCAUCUCCAGGAUGUGUCACAUUCUCUCGGAUACAAAGUGUCAAGUCUAUAUUUGGAGAUAGAGCAUACAAUAAAUUAUUAGCUGAUUUUCUAUCCAUCACCAGACCAUCAGGCUUAAGUCAAGAAAGCACACACAAAACAUUUCAUUAUAUCAGAACCACUCCAGGACCUCCAGUUUCUUCUAGACCACGGCGCCUCAAGCCAGAAUUACUUCGCGUAGCCAAAGAAGAAUUUAAGAAUAUGGUAGAAUUAGGCAUUGCAAGACCCUCCGAUAGUUCUUGGUCUUCACCUCUACAUCUGAAAGAGGAUUCGACGUGGCGUCCAUGCGGAGAUUAUCGGCUGCUCAACUCACGCACAAUUCCAGACAAAUAUCCUGUUUGUCAUAUUGCUGACUACGCCCAUAAUUUAGCUGGAUGUACUAUAUUUUCAGUGAUCGACUUAGUGAAAGCCUUUUAG